AUGAACACAUCAUCAUCACAGAAUGCUCAAGUCAAGCAGCCUAGGAAAAGUUCUGGAGAUCUGGACAACGAAUGUCCAAUUUGUCAGAUGGACAUCGUCCUUCCCACUACGAUCCCCAGUUGCAAACACAAAUUCUGCUUUAUUUGUCUUAAAGGUGAGUUUUAUUACGUAAAUUUCUCGAUAAUUUUGAUAAUUUAAAAUGGAUAUAUAUAUUCCUAGGCGUUGUAUCGAUGCAAAUGGGCGUCUGCCCGAUUUGCCGUGGUCCUAUAGACGAAUCAAUUGUCGAUAAUCCGAAACGCAACGAUUUCGACAUCAAGGUAUCAUUUUAUGAAAUUCUUCAUUAUUUUUCCCAUUCUUAUUAAUUUUCUUUGCGAAAACUCCCAAUUUCAAGGCUCAAUUCAACCCGGAAGCCGACAAAACUCUCGUUUCUGGUCUCAAACGUCGCUGUUCUGAUGGUUUGAACAUUAGAAAUUCGAAAAAGCUGUGUUCUUCAUUUCAGAAGACAACCAAACUGAUGCGAAAAAGGUCAAAGACGAGCCAGAGGAUGAAGAUGUGAAGCCGGACGUUGAGGCUCUUAAAGGUACUUCAAGACUCUUGAGUUAAGAGUCAAAGAAAUUUUUUUAUUUAAGGUCAAUGAUAGAAAAUUUUUGAAUAAAGUUUACAGAUAAAGAAAAGCUACCGCUUUUUGAAAAAAAAGUUCACGUUUAUCUUUUUAUCAGUGGAAAAGUUGAAAAAAAAUCUUCAACCAUUUGAGCAGCUUCAUACCAUGUUAUUUAAAUUUUAUCUUCAAAACUUGAGAAAAAUUGUGAGUUUCAUCACUAGUUUAAGUGUAAAUGAGGAGCUUGCGGGCGCCAAAAAAGUAUUGCAAAGUUGAGAGGAAGUUCCUUUCAAAUAAAUCAUUGAAGAUAUUUUAUAAAUUGAACCGAGUUACAGCAAAAGCCAAUGCGAAACCGCCGCAGCCCCCACAGCGUCAUUUUUGGCUCUAUCAGGUGAAUUCUUUUAUUUUUCUAGUGUGAAAGCACUUUUUUAUGAUGAGAAUCGAAAGAAACAAGUUUGAAACUAUUAUGAUUUCAGGCGCGUCGUCAAGGCUGGUGGCGUUUUGAUCCGAGAAUCGAAAAUGAUAUCGAAGCGGCCAAGAAAAACGGGUUGCCGGUCACUGAGGUCUUUUAAAAUAUUUUUAAUCAAUCUUGUAAUUGUUUUGGUUUUUUUAGGUGUGGAUUUGCGGCAGGAAUUACGUUAUAGAUUUUGUCAGAAUGGUCCAGUUUCCUAAGGGAAACGAUGGUCGAUUGAGCCGUGAAGUGAAGUUAGUUUAGAUUUAAAGAAGAAAAAAAAUUGAAUUCAUUAGGUUUUUCUUUGAAUUCUUGUGAGGUUGUUUUCCACAGUUUCGAUCGAAAUUUAGAACGUUUUUGAGCUUAUUUCCUAUAAAGAUGGGAAAAAAAAAUUUACUGAUCCAGAAGAUAAUUGAAGGAAGCUCCGCUCUUCAAAAUAUAUAAGGUCAACUGAAUUUUAUUUCGAGAGAUUUCCAGAGAUUAAAAAAAUUUGAUCACCUUUAAGAUAGCAGGGUUUCAAAAAAAAAAAAAUAGUGUGAAAGUACGAAUUUAAAGAAUUUGCAGACUUUUUCGGGAAACUCUGAAGAGCUAACUUAUUCUGAUUGGAAUUUUUCAAAUUUUAAAAAGCUUCCCUUUUGUCUACGAAACAACUUUUGGUUUCUUUGAAGCGUUGACUAGGAUGGAAAAUGAAUUUUUGAAAAAAAAAUCUUGUUAAAAUAUAUCAUAGGAAAGGCCGUAUCCAAAGUGAUCGCCGCGAAAUUCAAAAUUACCUCCGACAUUUGAGUUUUGUGAAAUCCCUUUGAAUGCUGAAAAGCUCAUUGAUAUACAUUUUCUUCUCAUGUUGAAAUUCUCCAGACGCGUCACCGAAGAAGAGUUCGACAGUCUCCCGGUCAAGGGAAUGGCUGGCGUCUUUGCUGUAUAA